AUGGAAUUAUCGAUUGGUAAUUUGUUCUCUCUUUACACUUCGAAUCUUGUGUGGAGUCUCUUCUUAACGUCGACAGCGUUACAUGCUGUUGCCCUUAUCACAAGUCCAUUACAAGCAGUGUUGAAGUGGUACCGGCGGCAAAGCAGCGAUAGUGACACAUGUUUGCCGUAUCUCUGUGCAGUUGUGGGGUCUGGAUUGUGGCUCCGGUAUUCAUUUUUCAUCCAGGACACCAAACUUAUACUUCUUCAAACAUACGCUGUUACAAUGCAAAGUUUUUUCGUAUUUGCGUUGAUAUUUUAUCGGACGAAGAAGCGUCGUCUCAUUCGUCUUGUAGCAGUCAGUGCAGUUCUACUUCUCCUUGUAUUCUACUACAUUCAAGGAAUGAAUGAGGACGAUGGGAAGGAGACUACAGGAAGAAUUGCGUCUGCAGCUCAAAUUGUUGGUUCUCUCGUGUGUCCCUACCUCAUUUACAAAGCAGUUUCAUCGAAGUGCAUCGACUUUGUUCCGAUCGCUCCUGUUGCUUUUACAUGGAUAAUGGAGUUACAUGCAAUUAUAUACAGCAUUGGAAUCGAUGAUUUUUAUAUGUUGUUAGCAAACACUAUCUUCUUUUGCAUGGACGGAUCUCUUCUGGCGAUGUUCUUCAUAUUCCCGAACGAUAAGCCAUAUUUGAAUGUAGAGAUUUCAUAG